AUGGCUCCCACUUCUGCAUCUGACAUUCCUUCUCUUAAUCUUCUCUAUAAACUUAAGAAGUUAGACGUCUCAAGACUUGGUCCUCUCAAAGGCGCAUCUCCAGUCCACAAUGACCGCAUCGGCUUAUUCCGUGGCGACAUCACCACCUUAUCUGUUGAUGCCAUCGUGAAUGCCGCCAAUACUUCCCUACUCGGCGGUGGCGGCGUUGAUGGUGCGAUCCACCGAGCUGCUGGGAAAGGUUUACUCGCUGAAUGCCGUACCUUGGGCGGUUGUCCCACUGGCUCGUCCAAGAUCACCAACGGAUACAAUCUUCCUUGCCAGAAAGUCAUACACACCGUCGGCCCUGUUUACAACGACAGCAAACCUGCCGAAAGCGAGGCUCACCUGAGAAGCUGCUAUCGGACCAGUUUAGAGCUUGCUGUGCAGAACGACCUGAAGACUAUCGCGUUCAGCGCUAUCAGCACCGGCGUAUAUGGCUAUCCGAGUCUGGAUGCCGCCAACGUCGCUUGCGACACCGUCAGAAAAUAUAUGGAUGGCGACGAUGGUAAAAAGCUAGACAAAGUUAUAUUUGUCACCUUUGAAGAGAAGGACGUGCGCGCUUAUAACAGCCUUCUUCCUCGCCACUUUCCCCCAAGCAUUCCAGCCUCGUCCGACCAAGAUAGCAUCACCGGGGAGCAGGCCGCCGAGGCCGAGGCCAAGGCCAGUCAGUUGCCCGACGUACCUACUACCGACCCUGCCGACUCCGAACACGUGCCAAAGAAACAGAGACAGUCUAAUGAGGAUUAA